UCAGCCUUCCUCCCUCACUCCUGCCAAUGCAGCUAUGCUACGGUUAAGGGAAAAAUAGGAGGGAAUUCUUCACAGGAGGGAAAAAUUCAGGCAAGAUUUCUGCAGGAUGACAACAAAAUGUGUGAUAAGACAAGAGUAAUACUUGGCAUCAGAGUAACUGCUGUUCAACCGUUGUCUCUUUGGCUUUGGAUAAGAUUCAUCCGGUUGGCUGGAAGAGGCUGCUGACAAGCAUGUGCACAGUAGUUGAUGAAGUCUCAUUUUCAUAAAAUGCCUUUAAAUGAAGGAUUGCGGAAGUGCAGUGGCAAAUGUUCAUGACACCAAUGUUCAUACGGAAAAACAGUUCCUUAUGUCAUAACAGAAGAGAGGCUCGUCCGGUGUUGACAGGUAACCUGUUAGGACACAAUUUAAAAUUUGAAGAAGAAAUGUUCUGGUUUCAGAAAGGAUGGCUGGGCUCUAACGCAGACUCAUCUGUGACAGCAGUUUCAGAGAGUGUAGGGAAAAUGGGGGUUGUAUUUCAGUUUCUGUCAUCCUGACCACACGAGGGAAGAGGAAGCUAAGCUACAAAUCUGACAUGCUCUCAUAUGUUAUUUCACUCAUCCUCAACAAAGACAUCUGAUGCAAAUGCUAAUAAUCCUGCAUGAUGAUCAUCAUUUCACUGAAACUUCUUCUAACGAUGUGUUUUGGUUCCUUGGCUACAGGUCCCAGUAAUUUAACAGUCAUCCAAACACCAACGAAAAUACAUCUGUCAGUUGGAGACUACACUGAAAUUGCCUGUAUUUGGGAAAGAUCUAUUGAGAGGUAUAGAUUGAGCUGGUAUCUUGUUAAUAAAGAGAACAUCACCAAAACUGUAUCAUCAAAACUUUUCUAUGUAUCCAACAUCACCCAUGAAAGAAAGGACGUGCUAGUGAUAAAAUCUGCCAAUGUAAAUGACACUGGAUUUUACUACUGUGAGAUAAUUAUUGAAAUACCUUUCUGUAAGAAACUAUGUGGAAAUGGGACAACAGUGAUUGUUGAAGAGAAAGAAGCUCAUUCGUUGAAAGAGAGGGAUUUGCCAAUAUGGGCUGUUAUUCCUUUCUUAGCGGGAGCAGGAGGCUUGUAUCUUUGCUACAGAAAGAAACAGCGCUCACAACUUUCUGGUUCUGCACAGCUUGCUGUGCCAGCACGAAGGCACCAAGAGGAGCAGAUGCUCGAAGUUGCAGAACUUCAUGGGAGAAAUGAAUCCACCAACGAAGCAGCUGAGGAAAACUCAUCAUGUAGUUCUGCUGAAUGGGCUGUGUCUACACUUUAUGAAUCACUUGAUUCUUUUUUGCGAUGAAUCAAGAGGAAAAGACGACAAAUCAGCUGCGACUAUUGUAUCCAAUGCAGCAGGUGAGCAAAGCCCAUGAACUAGGGCAGCUGAAAAAGUCUCAAACAAGAGUGAGACAAGGAUGUGUCGUCUACUUCGACAUUCAGAACCAAAAGGACAAUGUCAUAACCAAAAUAUGGCUAAAUAACUAUGAAACUGAAAACAGUACCAUAAUUUGCUGCUGAAGAACGGGUUACAUUCUUCCUGUCAGAAGCAUGUCAGUGGGACGAUCUACAAGAAAAAAGGUUGGUUCCGAGCAGUCUCUGAAUGUUUAGUCGCUAACAAAACACGGUAAGGACUCCGUGAAUUUGGAAGGUAUGUCAUUUUAGAAGACUGUCUUCAACUCUUCCCCCCAUGUCCAGAAAUAAUAAAGAAUGUAUUAUCAUACUUUGAAAAAUCUGCUGGACAUUCUCUAACAAAAAUACUAAUUCAAGCAGCUUGUGUAUUAAUAGCAGAAGAUAGAGAAAAAAAUGCACAUGGUGGUAAUUGUUUGACAAAAUAGACAGUACUACACAUAGGAUAGAGUCUGAUUUCUGAAACUGUCAUCAGCAAUGACUAUAUCAUGGCUAAAGUGGUAUGUCAAAAAGGGUUAUAUUCCCGUGGAAAGGGACUGCUAGUCUUAGUUCAUUCACACACUAUGAAAAAUCUUCCAGAGAAGGUACUCGCCCGUGCACAAUGAAAUAAUAGGUUUAAAUGAAGCUAUAUAUAAUAUUAUUAUGUAUAAUUAUUAUCUAACUGUGGGGGAUGCUUGCAUGAGAUCUGCAUGUUAACACUUGUUCCACUUUUGUCAGCUCUAGAACUUUGAAUAAAUCGCUGAAGAAAUAAAUCAAAACUGAAAAUUUAAGUAAAACCUGGCUUCCAAGGUCUCAACAAAGGUGAAGAGUAUUGGCAGCAAAGCUAAUGGCACUUGUCCAAGGACUGCUGAAUGCUAAGAGCAGCUAUCUGAAAUGUGAAUGUAUUUAUGUGCCAGGGUUAUUUCUUCUUCUGUUAUAUUUGUUUUUCAGAUCUUAGCUGGAGGUUAGAUCACCUUGCCUGCAAAGCAGGGAGAAACGUCUUCACUGUUCCAGCAGUGUGCUACACCUUGUACCUGACAGUGCAGUAGAUGCAGAUGAGCAUUCCCAGAGCUCUUAAAAACAGUUUGUGUAGUCAAAAUGUGUGGCUGCCUUGCUGCUCAGUAUCCUGUAAUUAAAUCCUCAUGGCCAUACAGCAUAGCUCAUGUUCUGGCUCUGUCUAUGCCAUAGUGACUACAGUUCACAAAGCUACCUCUUGAAUUACUGUAGCUCAGCCAUGGUCACUGUUUGGUGUGAAUACACUUUCCUGGGUUGUUCUGUAACAUGCCCUGAAUGCUCUUCUUCAGUGAAUAUACUGCUGUUCCAAAUACACUAUAAUCACUGUACUGUUAAUAUACCCUGUCCGAGAGAAACUAUUAUAGUACAUCUCAUGAUAUUUAUGUAUAACUUGAAUAAAGCAAGAGGAUUUUAUUUCCUUCCUUUUCAA